AUCAACAAUAACAACAAUAGUGGUGGCGACAAUAUUGGUAGUGAUGGUGAUGGUGUGCUGGCAGCGUCGGGUGACUCUCUGAAUAUGGAAAACGACUCCUUUUUGGAUCUUCUUAUUAAUUUGCAGGGUGCACGGAUGAAUGAUCAGAGAGCAGACUUUCCCGGUCUCAUUCGAACCACCUCAAUGCCAAAUUCACCUUCCACUAAUGCAGCCUCAAAUACGGACACUACGGUUGCUGUUUCCACCACUACGACAGUACACAGGAACACCUCUUCUUCCACGGUGGGGGAAACAACAUCACUGAUGACUGGUGCCGGUGGAGGCGUUAAUUUAGCCGCUCGUAUGCGCAGCGCCAGCGACGGCUUGGCGGAGGUAGACCAAACACCAUCAGUUGCCGACGAAUUGGCGCCCGGUGAUGAUUUCUUCGACAUGAUCUUCCGCCUUCAGCAAAAGACACGUAUUAACGAUCAACGCUCGGUGCUGCCAGCAGCUCUGCAAACUCAAAAUCACCAUCACCGCACUAAUUAUCGCAAUCGUCAUCAAGACUGUAACAGUAGUAAUAAUAACAAUGAGGAUGCGACUACCGCUGGUUGUCAUGAUGGCGGAGGUGGUGGAGUAACACCACAUAGACUGCUCCGCGUGUUGUCGGUGCCCGGCGGAAAGCGGCGUCGACGGGGAGGCGGGGGCACAGGGAACAGUGGCAAUAGUAGCUCAAAGGCGGCGGUGGCUUGA